AUGGUUGCCAUCAAGAACAUCGCUAUCCUCGCCGCUGCCACCUCUGUGGUUGUCGCCGCCCCCGCCGCUAACGGUGGUUUCCAGCGAAUGGAGAUCCGACAGCUCGAUGUUGCUGACGAUCUCAUCCACAUUGCCGAGACCUUCCUCUCUGCCAUCACCGGCACCCUUGGUGUUCUCACCAACACCUCCAAGGGCACCCAGCUCCAGAACCUCGAGACUGCUCUUGACUCCCUCAACAAGCAGAUCCCUGCUCUGAUCAAGGACAUCAACGGCCUUAACCUCCCCGUCAUUUCCGGUAUUGCCGGAACUCUUGGCUCCAUCGUUGUCAACCCCAUCUUCAAGACCCUGGCUCUGAUUGUCGAGACCAUUGGCGCCACUCUUGCCUCUCUCCCCGUUGAUGCCUUCAACACCAUCCAGAACCCCGCCAAGAUCUUCCAGACUCUGCUUGCCAACAUUGGUCUGCUCACCGAUGCCUUCAAGAAGAUCUUCCACAACCUUGGUGAUGCUCUUGGCUCUCUGGACUCUGCCACCUCUUCUCUUGGCUCCGAGGUCUCCUCCAAGCUGCCUCCCUCUUCUGCUCAGUAA